GCGAAUUGCGACUAAAAGGACUCGUGAGACUACGACGAUCGGCUUUUCGAAUGAAACUUCGGCCGUCUUCGGUACUCACCGACGCAUUUCGUGCCAUUCCAACUUGUACUUGCCCUGUCUGGAGUCAGUGAGAGCCCAGUCGUGAUCACGCGCUCGUGUGUUUUGUAUCAAGUUUGUGUCCGUUUAGUACUCCAACAUUUUGUAAAUUUUAGACUCAAACAAUAAAAUUCAAUUGUGUGCGUUUGUCCAAGUUAUUUGUGCAAAGUAAAUCAUUGAGAAAUAUGUGCAGAGAAUUUAGAUUAUUUCUUUUAUGUGGCUUUCUGCUGAUAUUUUCCAGUGGUUUUGCUACAUUGAUUACUGCUGAGAAAAAUUCAUCCAGUUUUGAAACUGUUCAAACGAGUAACGCAGCCAUUUUAAAUCGACUCGGAUUGACAUCUGUUCAAAUAUUCGGCGGACAUCACAAAAAGCGAUUAGCUGGACCUGAACCACUAGGACUUAGCUCGCAAACGCUCUUACAGCCUUACAGUCGUCAUCAUGGCCAUCGGGACAGCCAUAUUUACAUCGUAAAGCUUCCGGCUAGUCCUCCGUACUAUACUAUUACAAAGCCUCACAAAUCCGUUAACAAUGACAAAGAAACCAAAACUAGUUCAAAUCUUCCGAUAGGAUUCCAAGGAAACGGUAAACCUGUUAAGAUUUAUCAUUGGAAUUUACCUAUCGUUAAGAAGGUGACAGAAAAGAAACGACUAAAUCAAUUAAGAAUUGAUCAGACUUGGAAGAAACUGGAGGAUAUAAAGAACCAGCAGCAAAUAUUCUCCAAGACUAUAUUGAAUAAGCUUUAUCCUUUUGAUAUGACCAAUUACGAGUAUCGUGGUCUCGAAAACAAGCUUCAUCUUUACCAAAAGCAACUAAUGACAAAAAAUGUUAGAAACAAUGACAAAAGACUCAGCUAUCCGGACAAUAAUGAUGACACCAAGUUCGAAUCAAUGAAGAAGAACAGUAAUAACACUGAUAACAAGACGUAUAGAUUGGACGACUUGAGCAUGCAUAGAAUCCAUUUGAUCAAUGAACUCUACGGUUCGAGAAACACUGUACCAAAGAUGAAGAAACAUCGGAAGAAAGCGGCUAUGUCGUAUUAUGCGCCAAUCGCCAAGACAGGUUCCACCAGUAUUCGCAAGAACUUCCCUGGAAAUGGUAAACCUAACGCUUUCUACAUUAUGGAGAAGAGUCGCAAGCCAACAUACUACCAUCCUCUCCUACCUUAAUUCUCAACUAUUCGUGGAACUAUGCACAAAUGCGUAAUAUCUUAAAUUUUAAGUGAUUGCGAGCUUGUUAGAUUGAGUAGUAUUCUAUACAGGAUCAGAGGUCGUCAUUCGAAUAAGCAACGACAAAAUAAAGUAGAGAAGAACGAAAAGAAAAGACAGAGAGAAAUAAAGAAGUUGCAAAAAGCUCCUAUGAUUAUAAAUCAAUGUAUGACAAAAAAAGGAGUAAAGUCGCAGCCAGAUGUACGUGUCGAAAAAAUAAAUAUAAUAAAAAAUAAAUAAAUAAAUAUUUAUUACAAUGUUUAAACGUUUCGGUUUGACAUCAGACCAGACCUUCAGUGAGAUUACAAUUGAGAUUAAGCGCUAUAAUUCGCAAAGUGAUUCAUAUUAUCUUUGUAUUACUUAUAACUGAGAGUCAAAUUUAAACUGAAAAAGAUAUAAACAAAACUUGAUACAAGUAAAUAAUUUAAAAAUAAAAUAAAAUAAAAUAAAAUAGUACAUAUAAAAUCGUGAUACAAAUUUUCUUGAUGAUCAAAUCGAAACAUUUGAACAUUAUAAUAAAUAUUUAAUUUUUUCAGCACAUAUGUAUGUACAUCUGGCUGCGGUUCUUAGCACUUUUUUGUCAUAUAGAGAAAUAAAAACUUCCGUUCAUAUAACGCAUAUGAUUCUUCGUAUUUAAGACCAUGUGCAAAGUGUUUCAGUUUUAUAUAAAUAUAUAUCGUUAUCAUUUUUAUUUAAAAAAAUGUUUAUUUAAAAAAAAAUUU